AUGGUAGAAUCCCUACAAAUGUUUUUAUUUCUAUUUAAAUCUAAAUACAGACGAAAAUGCUCGUGGUUCUCACCAUUCUUGUGUUCAGUGCUCAUAGUGUUAUUGUUCUGUGAUGGUGUUCUGUCUAAGUGUAGUGAUCAUGACUGUAUAAACGGUGUUUGUAAAAAUGAUAUAUGCGUGUGCUUCGAAGGGUGGCAGGGUCCAGAGUGUCAGUACUGCGGCGGGAAAGUCAAUUUGGUCUCCCCAACGGGCUUCAUAACAGACGGCCCGGGGAACUACAGCGUCAGCACCCAAUGUUCCUGGCUGUUGACCCCACCUCAGGUCGGUCACUCACCGCCGCCUCUGCGAGUGAGGCUAGAGAGCUUUGCGACAGAGUGCGGAUGGGACCACCUCUAUGUGUAUGAUGGUGACAGUGUUAGAGCGGAGAAACUCCUCGCUGUGUUCAGUGGCGUAUUAGAAAAUAGUGAAUCAAGUUGGACGCGACAAGUAAUAGCGCGUUCGGGAAGUGCGCUGCUCCAUUUCUUUAGUGAUGAUGCGUAUGCCAUGGAGGGGUUCAAUGUGACAUACGCUGCGUAUUCCUGCCCCUCCAAUGACCAUAGGACUAAUUGUUCCAAUCACGGUGAAUGUGACGAUGGAACGUGUAGAUGUGAAAAAGAGUGGACUGGAGAAGCAUGCGACCAGCUCGUGUGUCCAGAGGAGUGCAACGCGGCGUACGGCGGCGGCACGUGCAUCACGACAGGCUGCGCGUGCGGCGCGGCGCGGCGCGGGCCGGCGUGCGCGCGCGAGGCGUGGCGCGCCGGCUGGGCCACCGCGCCGCGUCUCCACGGCGCCGCCCCGCCGCCUGUCGCCGCGCACGUGCUGCUGCCUUACGGGGACGACCUGCUGCGGGUCGGGGGCGAGACGUUCGCCAACUCCGCCUUUUUAUACAAAUACAAAACUGCCGACCAAGAAUGGGAGGAGGUACAAACGUUUGAAACACCAGCACCGCGUUUCGCCCACUCGGCCGUGCUGUACGGGCACGAGCUUAUCGUGUACGGGGGGGUCAUCAUAUCUGAUGAGCCAGAGAGAGGCGGCGGGCUGGCGGGGCUGGAGGGCCGCGCGGGCGCCGUGAGCAACGAGGUGUGGCGCGUGCGCCUCGGCGACACCGCCACGUGGCGCAACGCCACGCCCAGCGCCUGCAGCCCGCACCGCCCCGCGCCGCUCAAGCACUGCGGUGGCCUACACGUAUCUGGUCACACCGCUGUGCUGGUUUACCUUGGACCCACCAAGAAACCUGUGAUGCUAGUCUUUUUUGGACAUUCGCCUACCUACGGAUACCUACAUAUAGUACAGGAGUACUACGUGGAGGAGGGCGUGUGGGCGGGCGGCGCCCGGCGCGGCUGGGCGGCGCGCGGCGGGUUCGGCCACGCCGCCGCCUGGGACCCGCUCUCGCGGAAGGUCUACGUGCACGGGGGACUCGUCUCCGAGUCCGAGGCCACACAGGCACCUUCCGCAUCGCUAUUUGAGUACGACCCCGAGAUAAGACUGUGGCGCCCUCUACAAUCAGCGCCUACCCCUAGAUAUUUACAUACUGCUACUUUUAUCACACCAGGUGUGAUGUUGGUGUUCGGCGGUAACGCACACAACGACAGCGCGGCGGCGCACGUGUCCAACCCCGCCGCCUCCAAGUGCUACUCCGCGGGGGCGCUGCUCUAUGACGUCAGGUGCGGCGUGUGGUACGUGACGUCAUCCCCCGGCGCGGAAGCUCGCGCUGCACACGCAGCGUCGCCACUACUGCUCCGAGAGCGCCGCACUGUGUACAUACACGCCGGAUUCGAUGGUCGUCUACGUUCUGACGCACUUAUAUUCGAAGCGGGUGAAAGUUGCUCCCGACACACGCACGAGUCUGACUGCCUGUCUUCAGCUCAGCACACCGCCAUUGCUUGCGUAUGGCGGCUUAAGGACAAGACUUGCGUACCGUUGGAAGAAGUAGGAUGGGCUGCAUCCUUCGAUGGCAGCGUAAAAGCCUGCCACGCAGAACCUCGAUUUGACGAGCGCCGUUGCGCCACGGCCGAGUCGUGCGCGGCGUGCACGGCGGCGCGCUGCACGUGGUGCGGCGCGUGCUACCCCACCGCCUCGUACUGCACGCGCCAUACACACCAGGCGGCGUUAUCGAUCGACGAGUGUACGUCGGACAGUGAGUCCCCGCGCGAGGCGUGCGUGCGCUACCACUCGUGCGCGGCCUGCCUCGCGCACCAGCACCAACACAACCAUGUCGCUGGGUCUGAUGAGUUAAUUCAACGAGCCUGUUACUGGGACUACGACACGAUAAAAUGUAAACCUGUUAAUUCUUCAGAAGAUAUUAGGAGCGUGGCAGCAGCCGGCCCGUGCAGUGCUCCUUGCUCCACGUUUCAAACGUGCGCCAAUUGUACCGCAGAGGAGUGUAUCUGGUGUGCUUCGGCAGGACGGUGUGUUGAUAAGAACGCGUACGGCGCGUCGUUCCCCCUGGGCGGGUGCCGCGCGUGGUCCACGCUGACGGGCGGCGGCGGGUCGUGCGGCGCGCUGCGCGGGUGCGCGGCGCACGUGUCGUGCGCGGCGUGUCGCGCCGAGCCGGCGUGCGGCUGGUGCGACGACGGCGCCGGCGGCGGCCGCGGCGCCUGCCUGCCCGGCGGCGCGCGCCGACCGCACGCGCCCAAGCUCUGCGCGCAACACAGGUGGCACUUCACCGCGUGUCCGGCGUGCCAGUGCAACGGGCACUCGGUGUGUGACGGCGAGGCGCGCUGCGUGCAGCCGUGCGCCGGCCGCACCGUGGGCGAGCACUGCGACGUGUGCGCGCCCGGCCACUGGGGCAGCCCGCUCAACGGCGGCGUCUGCCAGCCAUGUGAAUGCAACGCCCAAGCUGUGGCAUGCGCCCCUGAUACGGGCCGGUGUUACUGCAGCACUAAGGGCCUAGCCGGUGAUAGAUGUGAUAAGUGUGAUAGCACUAAUCAUUAUCACCCAGAUAUUUAUAACAAAGGAGCGUGUUAUUAUGACUUAGCAGUAGACUACCAGUUCACAUUUAAUUUAUCGAAGAAGGAAGAUCGUCACCUGUCGGCGAUAAAUUUCCGCAACGCGCCGGUGAAGCCGGACGUAGACGCGGACUUUAGCAUCACGUGCUCUGCGCACGCGCGUAUGAACCUCACAGUGCGUACGCGAGCUGAUCCGUUCGAACGGACACUCUUCACUGAUGUCAACUGUACGAACUUCCGGUUUAAAUUCGCUAAGUCUGAGCAUUCAUUCGGCGUAGAAGACAACGUAACAUUGACUACGUUCUUCGUAUAUGUGUACGACUUCCGACCACCAUUGUGGAUUCAGAUAUCGUUCUCACAAUACCCGAAGCUCAACUUGCAGCAGUUCUUCAUAACAUUCUCUUCCUGCUUUUUGCUGCUACUGCUCGUAGCUGCAGCACUGUGGAAAAUUAAGCAGAAAUAUGACAUGUACAGAAGACGUCAGCGCCUCUUUGUUGAGAUGGAGCAGAUGGCGUCCAGACCUUUUAGCCAAGUUUGCGUCGAGCUAGACAGAGGUGCUGUAGGUUCAGGAGUUCCAGCGCCCGUUGCUCUAGAACCUUGUAGAGGUGGGAGAGCAGCCGUCCUGUCCCUCCUAGUUAGGCUGCCCACGGGCGGGACAGGAAGAGCCCCUCCCUUGGGGGGGCUGGCUGUGGCUUCUGCGCUGGUCACUCUGGGGCAUCACGCUCACCACGACGUCACCAAUAAACGGCCACGACAUCACUGA